AUGUGCGGCUCUCAUUUGAGCGACUCAAAUGCUCUAUUUCUGAUUAUUCAGCUUGAUCGGUUCCGUCUACCCACACUUAAGCCACCACCUUGGUCAAAUAAGGCUGGUAGCCUUGUGGUUGCCAAGCCUGUUACUCGGCUUCAGCAGGCAGCUGCAGCUGCAGCUUUUCUUCCUGAUACCAUUUCACAAAACACCAGCGGCGCCAGCACCAACAUCGCAGCCAACUACCCAAGCACUUGCUACGCAACAACUGGAGUAAUUGGAAGCCCUUCAGUUGGCUCUUUCCUAAAAUGUGGGGUGAUCACUUCCACUUCCUUGUUCACUAAUGCAUUUCCUGGGGCCAAAGAGACUGGAGAGCCGCCGAUCAGAUCAAUUCGGCUUAGUCCCUUAGGGUAUAAGACAUUAAAAUCCUAUUUAAAUGACUACUUAUUAUCACCUUUCUUAUUACUUACUAAUUAUUUGAUAAUGGAGGGAUGA